CGGUGUGGUGUGCACAGCGGCUGUCAUGGUUCGUCCGCUAAACUGUAUCGUCGCUGUGUCCCAGAACAUGGGCAUCGGCAAGAACGGGGACCUGCCUUGGCCGCCGCUCAGGAAUGAAUUCAAGUAUUUCCAAAGGAUGACCACAACCUCAUCCGUAGAAGGUAAACAGAAUUUGGUGAUUAUGGGUAGAAAGACAUGGUUCUCUAUUCCGGAGAAGAAUCGACCUUUAAAGGACAGAAUUAAUAUAGUUCUCAGUAGAGACCUCAAGGAACCUCCACAAGGAGCUCAUUUUCUUGCCAAAAGUCUGGAUGAUGCCUUAGAACUUACUGAGCAACCAGAAUUAGCAGAUAAAGUGGACAUGGUUUGGGUAGUGGGAGGCAGUUCUGUUUAUAAGAUAAAUAAAGAAAUUGAUGCCUCUUGUGUUUUUUCAAAGGAAGCCAUGAACAGGCCAGGCCACGUUAGACUAUUUGUGACAAGGAUUAUGCAGGAGUUUGAAAGUGACACAUUUUUUCCAGAAAUUGAUUUGGAGAAAUAUAAACUUCUCCCAGAAUACCCAGGUGUUCUUUCUGAUAUCCAGGAGGAGAAAAGCAUUAAGUACAAAUUUGAAGUAUAUGAGAAGAACAAUUAAUGUGAAGGUGUUUUCUGGUUUAUUUCAAGUUAGUUGUUCCCCCUCCCCUCCAAUUACAUAUUUUUUUAAUAUUAGAAAAAAAGACUUUUGUGACUUUAGGUCAAUGGCUAAUUAUUUGUAAGCAAUGAGAUUUUAUAAAUUAAUCUUAAGUAGACUAUAGUUAAAAUUAGUCUUAACUAUUCCAUAUCAGAUAACCAUUUAUGAAACCUUUUUUGCUAUAGCUGUAUGAUGCCCAUCAAGGACCAGCACCUACUUACGGUAGCAUAUCUUUCAAAAACCAAAGUUGAAAAAAUUCCCCGAGAGCAUGAGUUGAAACCAGGACCUAUAGAGAUAGAACUAGACAGAUUUGUCCAAAGGUCAGACAUGGAUUAUAAACAGAAGAGAUAGAACUCAGAUAUUAAAAGAAAAUUAAAAUAGAGACUUUGAAUUCUCUAUGCAUUUCAUUCACUCUUCUCAAAAAAGGUUCUGUUCACUCAGGCAAUCAGUAAGUUGAGGAAACUCUGGUAUAUUCCAUUGGGCUAGUAAAGAGGCAGGUAGGACACUGUCUUUUUGAAGGUUAAAAGAAAAGGUCUGAGACCUCUAAAAACUCUGCCUCUGAUCUUCUGUGGGAUUCCAUGGAUGUUACAAUGAUAGAAGAAUAAAGUUGAUCUUUACAAAAAAGAGUGAUUUAAAACAAGCACAUGGCUAAAAUUAGAAAUUAAAAAGGUAGUGAAAUGAAACUAGAUAAUGCAAGAAACCAAAAUUAUGAAGUUGGAAACAAAAUUAAACUUCACUGAAUUAAAAAGUGAAAAUUAAAACAUGUUUUCCUACCAUGUUAGCAAAGAUUUGGAUUUGUUAGGUAUCCAAAGAAAGGGCAUUUUUUGCCUUGUAAAUUAAUACAACUUUUUUAGAGUUUAAGUUAACAAUAUCAAUUAAAAUUAAAAAUAUUCUGGGUUUGGACCCAGAGCUGAGUUUCUACUUCUAAAUAUUAAUCCUGAACAACAAAGAGAUAGACCCAAGAGAAUUUGUUGCACUGAGAAUUUUUUCCAACUUGGAAACAGGGCUACCUGGGUGGCUCAUUCGGGUAAGCAUCAGACUCUUGAUCUCAACUCAGGUCACGAUCUCACAGUUCAUGAGAUCAAGCCACAUCGGAUUCUGCACCGACAGCACAGAGCCUGCUUAAGAUUCUCUGUCUCCUCUGCACUGCUCCCCUUGCCAACUCACACACGUGCACUCUCUCUCACAAAAUAAAUAAACUUAAAAAAAAAACUUAAAAAAUAAAACUUGGAAACAGCCCAAAUGACAAUCAAUAAAGAAAUAACCAACCAAUAUGUCUGUAGAAUUUAAUAUUGUCUGUAACAGUUAAAGAGAAUGAGGUACUGACAGAAAAAUGCCAAAGACUGUUAGAUAAAAGAAGCGAUUGUGUAUCAUACCUAAAAAAUUUACUGAUGGUAUAUAGUAUGUGUAGGAAAAUGUAUGCUGAAACUGUCGACAGUAUCAGAGUUGAGCAUGUUAUUUUAUGAAUUAGGUAUGCCUAUUGUAAUUAGAUUUUUUUUAAGUAUUAUGUGGUUGAUUUCAUGAACAAUUAACAUAAUAAUUGAGCCCCUUAUGUUCAGCAGUAAAAUUAGAAUAUAGAAAUCAAGAGUAUAAAGGAAUUUACUAAAAUCUUCCAAAGAGGGGAAAAAAAAAACAUCACAGACAAGAAAAGGAAUCCAUACUGCAUGAGACUUACAAUCCUUAAGAAAACAGUGGAGCUUUCUGCAAGGAACAUAAUCAGCAAACUAUUAGUACAGGUAUCUAGAACUUUUAGGACUCAGAUACUUAGAAAGAAGCAAGCCAUCUAGAGAAGAGGAAACCCAAAUAGCCAAUAAAUACAUGCAAAGAUAAAUAUUCCCACUAGUAACUGAGAAAAUGCAAAUUAAAACUGCAGUAAGGUACCAUCCCACAUACUCAGAUGUGGCAUUCUCACCAACACUUGACAUUGUCAGCUUUUUACCAUGUUUGUUGGCAAUAUUUAUUCAGGAUGAAGAAGCACAUACCCUUCAACCUAACAGUUGUACUCAUGGAUAAAUACCAAGAGAAAUCCUUCCAUGUUGCUAUCUAGAAAUUUGCAAAAGAAUGUAGCAGCAACCCAAAUGGACUAAAGGACUUAAGUCUGGUAACUAUUUGGGGACAAUAUGAGAGGAAAAGUGGGGAUAGCUGUCUAACUGCUAAAUCCUCAUUGACAUAUCAGGAAAUCACUAAUAUGUAAAGUAACAAAUCAAGAUGUGAUCAAUUAUUUGAGAAAAAACAACAGAAGAAACUGUUAAAAGCCAUUAAUCUGGAGAGUUGGGAGGGUGUGGGGCAGGAGACUGCUCAGGUUUUUUAUAAACUUUAAGAGUCUAAAAAUAAUAUACAUUAAUACAUGCAUUCAUUUGAAAAAUGACCAAAAUAGUUAACUGGAGGAAAGAAACCAACAUGAACAUAACUACCAGAAGGAAGAGCUAAGAGGAUGAAAAUGCUUGCCAAUGAAAAGGACAUUGGAGGUUGGGGGGAGAGAGCAGGAGACUACUGUUUUCACUGCAAGACUUUUGGGAUCUUGAUUUUAUUUAACCAUUUUCAUGUAUUUAGUAAAAAUUCUUCCUUUAUAAGUUGCUAGUUUGUAAGUGCUGACCUCCUGAUACUCCUUGAACACCUCACAUAAAAUUUCAGACUCUUAAUGGCAAUUUAUCCCCAGAGUCCACUUAAAAAUGUAAAGAAGAAAACAUAAUUAGCCAAGGGUCACACAAAAUUGCAAAGACCGAUUGCUAGAAAACCAUCAGGCUUUCUCUCGUGGUGCCUGGUUUGUUCAUUUUCAAGACAAAUGCAAGUCUUCUUUUUUCCACAUUGAUUUAUAAAACAGCACUGUCAAGUGUUGAUAAUUGGAGGCUAAAAUGUAAAUAAUAAAACAUGAACAUGUGUUCUAAAUAUUCAGGUUAGCCCAUUUUAUGUUUCUGUGAGGUUGAAAUUAUGUAACAUACCCAUGUCCUAAUAAAUGUUUCUCAAAAUGUCCUCCCUAGUACACCUGUAUGAGGGAUGGGUCCCAGAAUCUGCAGAGUAAACAACACCCCCAGAUGAUUCUAAAGCGUAUCCAAGGAUGUAAAUCACUGAGUUAGAGUGCUUAUGCCCUCCAAGGGGAAAACAAAAAAAAAC